CACCGCGGAGCUUUUCUUCAACUUGCUCUCCUCAGGGACCAUCUACACCUUCUUACCCUUUGAUGUCCCGCUCCCCGUGUCCUCGACAGCAGGCCCGCCACGAUGGACACGACCGAGCCACGGCGCGGGGCUUCAGAGGACGUUGACCCUGAGUCUAACCACGACCCCGCGUCCCCAGAACCCCAACAAGAGCUCCCCGAUGACCUGCCCAAAUCGCUGGACGAUCGCCGCUCGGUGCCGGUCUUUCAGCAGGAGACCGAGAUGUACGACGCUUGGCAGGGACAGUCUCAAUUCCUUACUGCUCCGGUCGCCGCGAAACCCUUGGCUUUCAGCCUCGCCCUCGAUGACCACUCACACGACUCCGAGCACGAGCUGCGGGCUCAGUACGGACGCGACCUCGAAGAUAGCGAUGCGCGACUGAUGGAGAUGCUCGCAGCACAGGCCGCUCAUCGGGAGGUGGACUCGCUAGGCGCCAACGAAGAGAGUAUCGCAGCCGACGAGACGCUGACCGUGGCCGAGAAACGCGACAUCCUGCAGAAGAGCCUCAAUAUGGCCGCGAGCAACGGCGACGUGGAGCGCGUACGGAAAUUAGUCCAGGGGCCAGCUAAGAGCUUUGUGGAUGUGAAUAUCAAGGACGAGGAGGGGACGGUGCCCUUGAUCUACGCGAGUUGCUUUGGUCACCAAGACGUGGUUUCGGCACUUCUCGAGGCAGGUGCCUUCGUCGACCAGCAAGAUCGCAACCAAUGGAGCGCAUUGAUGUGGGCUAUGACCAACCGACACAAGACGAUCGCGAAAACCCUCCUCGACCACGGCGCCUCGCCAGAUAUCAAGUCUUCGUCUGGGGGAACGGCUUUCGACUUCGCUCAGCCUGGCAGUGAGAUUUCCGAAUAUCUGCAAGAGAACGGGUACAAUUUUGGACCUAGCGCUGUUGAGGACGACUUCUAUGAUGCUGGGCUUGCACAUGGUCGCUUUGAGGAAGAACUUGCCGAGAACGAGAUGAAACGCCGAAUGAUGAUGGAAGAGAGUGCACUAAAUCUGGAGGUCGACCUGUCCAGCCUCGGGCUGGAUGAGAAGUUCGAGCCUUCGGACGACGACGACGACCUCGAACAGGAACAACAGGAAUUUGUCUGGGACCGAUGUCUUAAUGACCAGAUGUUCGUAUUCCAGGAUCAUGAGCUGGAGCGGAUUCUGGACAUUAUCAUCACCAACAUGACGCCGCAACGAUCUCCCUCCCAAAAACCUGUCCCGGCGAAUCUCCUCUUCCUCAGUGCGCGCUACGCACACUAUCAUGCCAGCCCUGAGCUUCUGCAUACUCUUCUCACUUCAGCGAUGGAUAAGAUCAACGACGUUGUUGAACGUUACCAAUGGGAUAUGACCAUGCAGGCAUUCUGGCUGUCCAAUGCCACUCUCCUGCUCCAUUAUCUGAAGAAAGACGGCGAGUUGGUAGAAGCAACCGUGCAAUUCCAGCUCCAUUUGGCGGAGCUGAUCAACGAGAUCUUCGUCCUCAUCAUUCGCGAUGCCGAGCGACGCAUGAACAAAGUCCUGGAUGCGGCAAUGCUGGACCAUGAAACCAUCCCUGGGCUCGAGGAUAUUGCUUUCCAAAAUGAGUGGAAGCUUUUCAAAAAGAAGAGGACCGAAGCCCCCGAGCCUGCAGAGAAGCGAUUCCGGCCACCUUCUCCCCGGCGACGAGCCCAGAUCUCCCCGCGCAACAUCACCUCCCUUCUAUCGUCUACUCUCUUUGUACUUGAUCUAUAUGACGUUCACUCCGUGAUCACUACUCAAAUUCUCUCUCAGCUUCUUUACUGGCUCAGUGCGGAGAUCUUUAACCGGGUCAUGAGCACGAGACGCUAUUUGGCGCGGACAAAGGCCAUGCAAAUCCGCAUGAAUGUCUCUACGUUGGAAGAUUGGGCGCGCAGCAACAAUCGACAACCCGAGCAUUACGAAAAUGGGUCCAUGUCUAGCACGGGAGAAAGUACGGUUGAUUCUGCUCGUCGGCAUCUAGCGCCCGUCAUCCAACUGCUCCAAUGGCUGCAGUGCUUCUCCUCACUCGGAGACGACCACGAGUCUCUCGUGACGACUCUGCUUCAGCUGCAACAGCUCAUCCCCCUCCAGCUCCUGCAUGCCGUCAAGUCCUACCGGCCUGAAGUUGGCGAAAAGGGCCUGACCAAGCAAGCUAUGAAAUUCCUCCUUGAACUGCAGCGGGACCCUGGAAUAUUAUAUCGGGAGCAGCAGAAAAUCCAAGACGAAAAAGCAAAAGCAGCUGCCGGACCUGCACAAAGUGCAGCAGGAGAUCGACCCAAAACUCCGACCAAAGACCAACCCUCGGGGACACCCGCAACCCCAGACCUAGCCACAUCCCCCGGCUCAGUAGCGGCAUCAUCACGCCCAACAAGCAUGAUGGCCGCAAGAGAAGACCGCCCUGGCAAAGAAAGCAUCUUCCUCGACCCAACCCUCUUCCUUCCAUUCUCCCUACCCACAAGCACCGACAUGCUCGUCAGCUACGGCGCCGGGCUAGGCGGCAUCAACCGCGAGCGAGCGCGCAAAUACAUCCCAACCGUCCCACCCGAAGUGCUCAGUCGGUUCAACCCCGACGACCCAUAG